AUGGGGUUGGGAAAUGAUGGGAAAAGGACGAUGAAUGACCAGGUUCUAAAAGUCCUUGAAUAUGUUGAAAAGAAAGAGCUUACAAAUUUGUUGUCUCAAGCUCUUCAAAGAAAAGAUCAAGACAUAGUUGAAGCGGUUGCAUUGGUAGAGUAUGAAAUUGAAAAAGUAGAGAUGUCGAAAAAUUAUGCAUGGAACCGAAGACAAAAUACCGACAUCAAUAAUCAACAUCAUUAUAAAGUUGAUAUCUUCACAAUGGUUCUUGAUAUGAAACUUCAUGAGUUUUGUGAUUGUUUUAGCGAGAUAAGCAUCGAAUUGCUUAUAAAUAUGGUGGCUUUGAGUCCUUGUUACUCUUUUUCGGAAUUUGACGCAUCAAAGUUUGUGAAAUUGAGUAUGUUAUAUCCAAAGAAUUUUACGAAGGUGGAAAUGAGGAAACUUGCACAACAACUUGAUUUUUAUUAUGAUGUUGUGAAAGAAGAUGUUCAUUCUAAUUUGAAUGUAAACAUCGAUCUUUCUAGAGUCAUGAUGGAAAUAAGAGAACACAUUUCAUAUUACUUGGUAUAUCAGCUAGUAAAAUUGUCAUUAGUUUUGUCCGUUGCAACUACAACAGUAGAAAAUUGUUUUUCGGCUAUGAAGCUUGAAGUCGCAUUUGAGAAACUAGAUCGUCGAUAUUUUUUGAAUGAUUCUUUGAUUUGUGCAAUUGAAAAAGAAGAAUAG